CCUCAAAGAAAGGCGUUCUCGAAGAGAUCCCGCACCGGUUGUCGGACCUGCCGAGCUCGCCGUGUCAAAUGCGAUGAAUCCCCUGGAGCAUGUAACAAUUGCACAAGCACCGGGCGCAUUUGCGCGUAUGACAUGCAACGGCUGCCUCCCGGGGGUGGUCGUAAGAAAACCACCGCCAAAGCCAUUGUACUAUCCGCUCCCAACGGCGCAUCUGCCACCAUCCGCGCCGCCAUCGCAGCCAAGUUCCAGUGGAAGGUGACCUCGGAUGAGAGCCGCUGUCUCUCCUUCUUUCAGCACCGUGCUGUCCCGCAGCUCGUGGGCUACUUCGACUCGCCUCUAUGGCGGGAACUGAUUCUCUGCUUGUCCUGCACGGAACCCGCGGUGUACCAUGCGGUCGUUGCGCUCGGGGCAGUGAGCCAGGCCAACGAGAUGGCAGGCCGUACUCCAAGACCCGGGCAGCAGCACCUCCUGCGCAAUAUCUGGUACGGCUUCGCGCUGGAACAGUCCUCACGUUCAUUUGCCCUCAUCCAUAAGAGACGCGCGUCGCACGAUCCGCAGCUCCAGGAAGUCAUUUUGGUCUGCUGUUUGCUUUUUAUUAUUUGCGAGUUACUGCGUGGAAACGUCACCGAGGCCACCUUCCAUCUGCAAGGGGGUCUGCAGAUCUUGCAUACGAUGAACAUCGAGCGACGCUCAUCAGGGCUGGAACUCAGCUCCGGUGGAGUGGAUGAGUGUGUCGUGGAGUCCUUCAUGAACUUCCAAGAAGGGUCGAUCUACUAUGGUCUGAAGAAGCCCCUGCGUUUCGACAGCGAGUUCGUCUACGACCGACCGUACGAGACGUACCUGCAACCCUUCCAGAGCCUCUCCUACGCGCGCAGGGCCUUCCGGCCACUCCAACACACCGGCUUCGAGCUGAUCGCGACGUGCAUGUCGGCGUCCGAGGCCGAAAUCGCGAGCAACUACUCCACAAUCCACUUCCAGCAGCACCGGCUGAUCGCCCUGCUGACUCAAUACCAGCAUGCGUUGGACGACUUCUGCCUGCGCACCUUCGGGACCACCUCCUUCACCUGCCCCGAGUUCCGCGAGGUCGAGCUGACGCGGCUCACCUGCCUCGCGCUGCUCCUGGGGCUGAAGACCGCGACGUACAGCAAGCGGCAGCCGCCGGUGCCGGACCGACACCUCUGCGAGCGGAAGAGCCUGAUGGCCGCGGCGCAGACGGUCAUGCGCAAGUUCGACGGGCCGGACCGCCCCGCGUUCGCGCCCACCAGCACCAUCGUGGCCGCCGUGUACAUCGCCGCCCACGUGUGCCCGGACCACACCUUCUACUGCCUCGCCAGCGAUCUGCUGCGCUCCUGGAGCUCCGACGAGGGCUUCAUGAGCUCGACCAUGAACGCCAAGAUCCUCGACGAGUCGCUCAAGCUGUACCUG